UAUUCUAGAGACAAAGUUCAAGUUGAGAGAACAUGUGGAGGCCAAACAUGACCAGUUCAUGUGCCCAUUAUGUGACCUGUGCUUCAACACCAAUGGGGAAAGAGAUCUACACAGACAAGCUCAUUAUAGAUUCAAGAACACUGAUUCAUCAAUCGGAGAAUUCUACUGUGAAAGGUGUGACCUAAAAUUUACCUCAAAACAUAUUUUCCUUCUGCAUAUACUACAAAGACAUCUGAAAGAAAGAGGUUCUACAAAAUUUUGUAUCCAAUGUGAAACCUGGAUCCCCUCUAAAGCCUUUAGGGAACACCUUUCCUCUAAACGUGACUUCUCGUUAACGCAGUGUCCAAUAUGUAAGGAACAAUUAGCCAGUAGAAAAGCCAGAACACCUAAACCUAACAAUUCAGCUACUGAAAUGGGGAGACAUCUUU